CUGCUGUGUGAUGUUCCGUCCUUUCGUUUCGAAGGCUCAGAUUGUCGCCAAACUUGUACGUCGUCCCGCUCUCGUUUUCUGUAUUGGAGCAGGAGGUGUAGCGUCGUAUGUCUACUGCCGACGCAACACGUUGAUUGCUGACGGCGGAGAGAAAAGCGACGCAACAGAAGUUAUUAAACGACGGAAAACAGAGUCUGCGUCAGACGCUCUUUCUGUGACAUUGUAUCAGUACAGAACUUGCCCUUUUUGCUGUAAAGUCCGCUCUUUCUUGGAUUAUUUCGGUAUCCCGUAUGAAGAGAUUGAGGUCAAUCCGCUCUUCAAACGAGAGAUGAAGUUCUCGGAACGCAAGGCAGUUCCGUUUGUAAUUGUCAACAAUGUACAGAUAUUUGAUUCAUCCGUGAUAAUCAGUGUUCUGAGGUCGCACAUGCUUGGAUCAAGAAGUAUAGAGGAGACACUUGGAUUUUAUCCAGAAAUAAUGAGCAAGGACAGGAAAGGAAAGGACGUUGUUGUUAGAGGAAACAAAUAUAGAAUUAUGUACGGAACGACAGACGACUUAGAAGAAAGAGAAAAGGAGACAAAAUGGAGACAGUGGGUGGAUGACCAGCUGAUGCACGAUCUUGCUCCUAACAUCUACAGGACAAUGUGGGAAUCGGUGCGCUCGUUUCGCUACGUCGCCAGUGUUGGUAACUUUAAUACGAUCGAACGAUACGGAGCACAGACGGUCGGAGCCAUAGCGAUGUACAUCAUCGGAAAACGGCUAAAGAAAAAAUACAAGCUUCACGAUGAUGUUCGAGAGUCAUUGUAUCAACACGUGAACGAGUGGACUCGGGCAGUUGGCAAACACAAACCAUUCAUGGGAGGCAAACAACCAAAUUUGGCCGAUUUGGCGUGUUAUGGUGUACUUAAUGCUAUGGAGGGAAUGGAUGCAUUUGAUGACGUCAUGGCAAAUACAAAAGUAAAACCGUGGUAUGAUCGUAUGAAGCAACAGGUCACGUCACGUGCAGGCGCUUGCAAAGCAAUUCCACUCUCAACAACUGACUAGUUAUUCAACGUUGUAUCAUUCGAUUUACAUUGCAAUCUUGUUUAUGACAGACACACUUGUGUCUGUAUUUACAGCUAGUACUCAUACAUGCUCGUCUGUUUAGUUGUGUGUAGAAUUAUUAUAGUAAUUUAGAUGAUUUCUCUUUGCCAUAGUGUAUAUAACAUGCUUCAUAUUAUU